GACUCUAUUUACAUACUGUUGGUGUUCACCAUGGCGGUUUAUAAGUGGCUAAAAUUCUACCGAACGCUGAGCGAGAUCAAGGCAGAGGUGGAGGCGGUGAUCAAGAGCGGGCGGCGCGCGGCCGACGGCGCGCCCGACCUGUCGCGCCGCGUCGACCAGCUCAAGGAGCUCUACAACCGGCUCGGCGCACAGGUGACGGACGCCAAGGGCAAGCUGGAGGGCGCGCUGCUGCACGCGCGCGAGCUGCACGCCGACCUGGCCGAGCUGGCGCCGCGCCUCGACGCGCUCGUGGCCAGCCCCGCUCCUCGCGCUGUGAGUACACGCACGUCCACCUGUCAUCGAGGGCGAGCUGGAGCGCUGCUGCAGGCGAGCUGCACGCCGACCUGGCCGAGCUGGCGCCGCGCCUCGACGCGCUCGUGGCCAGCCCCGCUCCUCGCGCUCUGGAGCGCUGCUGCAGGCGAGCUGCACGCCGACCUGGCCGAGCUGGCGCCGCGCCUCGACGCGCUCGUGGCCAGCCCCGCUCCUCGCGCUGGCGAGCUGGAGCGCUGCUGCAGGCGAGCUGCACGCCGACCUGGCCGAGCUGGCGCCGCGCCUCGACGCGCUCGUGGCCAGCCCCGCUCCUCGCGCUGUGAGUACACGCACGUCCACCUGUCAUCGAGGGCGAGCUGGAGCGCUGCUGCAGGCGAGCUGCACGCCGACCUGGCCGAGCUGGCGCCGCGCCUCGACGCGCUCGUGGCCAGCCCCGCUCCUCGCGCUGGCGAGCUGGAGCGCUGCUGCAGGCGAGCUGCACGCCGACCUGGCCGAGCUGGCGCCGCGCCUCGACGCGCUCGUGGCCAGCCCCGCUCCUCGCGCUGUGAGUACACGCACGUCCACCUGUCAUCGAGGGCGAGCUGGAGCGCUGCUGCAGGCGAGCUGCACGCCGACCUGGCCGAGCUGGCGCCGCGCCUCGACGCGCUCGUGGCCAGCCCCGCUCCUCGCGCUGGCGAGCUGGAGCGCUGCUGCAGGCGAGCUGCACGCCGACCUGGCCGAGCUGGCGCCGCGCCCCGACGCGCUCGUGGCCAGCCCCGCUCCUCGCGCUGUGAGUACACGCACGUCCACCUGUCAUCGAGGGCGAGCUGGAGCGCUGCUGCAGGCGAGCUGCACGCCGACCUGGCCGAGCUGGCGCCGCGCCUCGACGCGCUCGUGGCCAGCCCCGCUCCUCGCGCUGGCGAGCUGGAGCGCUGCUGCAGGCGAGCUGCACGCCGACCUGGCCGAGCUGGCGCCGCGCCUCGACGCGCUCGUGGCCAGCCCCGCUCCUCGCGCUGUGAGUACACGCACGUCCACCUGUCAUCGAGGGCGAGCUGGAGCGCUGCUGCAGGCGAGCUGCACGCCGACCUGGCCGAGCUGGCGCCGCGCCUCGACGCGCUCGUGGCCAGCCCCGCUCCUCGCGCUGGCGAGCUGGAGCGCUGCUGCAGGCGAGCUGCACGCCGACCUGGCCGAGCUGGCGCCGCGCCUCGACGCGCUCGUGGCCAGCCCCGCUCCUCGCGCUGUGAGUACACGCACGUCCACCUGUCAUCGAGGGCGAGCUGGAGCGCUGCUGCAGGCGAGCUGCACGCCGACCUGGCCGAGCUGGCGCCGCGCCUCGACGCGCUCGUGGCCAGCCCCGCUCCUCGCGCUGGUGCCUCCCCGGCCCGGCAAGCGCUGGAACUCGAACUUUCCCGACUGGAAGCCACACACGACCGCCUGAACGCCAACUACCGGCACUUCGCCGAGCUGUGCGAGCCCACCCAGCUGCAGGAGCUCAAGCAGCAGGUGGACGCCAUCAACCAACGCUGGGACGAGGCGCGGCGCCGCGCGGGCGGCCCGAGGGAGCCGGCCCUGCGCCGCCUGGUAGCUGACGCUGAUGCUGAGUUAGCUGCGAACACCGCGCCGUCAGCCGCUCGCUUGACCCAGCUUGAAAAAGAACUCCGAGGGAGAGCGGCCGAGGUGGCGGCGCUCGAUGACGCGGCGCUCACGGCCACAUACGACCGUCUGCUGCAGAAGAUUGAGAACAUAGAUGAAAUUCAGAAGUUUUGGGAGAUAGAGGAGGUAGCUGAACAAUCAGAGCUAUCCUCCGAAGAUCAGCAAUGCAUCGACUUCUAUCAGUCAACCACACAAAGAAGGGAAGACGGAAGAUACGAAGACAUUCAGAAUCUCAUCAUCAAGUGGAGACAACAUCGUUUCGCGUUUACAGCUGAUCUCGAAAAGAUGUUUAGACAAAUCUGGCUGAGUGAAAAAGACCAAGACUUGCAGAGGAUCAUGUGGCGUGAUCAUCCUACAGAUCAGCUUAGGGAGUACAAACUAUCCACUGUUACUUACGGGACGAAAGCAGCGCCAUUUCUUGCCAUGAUGACGCUUAAACAGUUGGCUCAGGAUGAAAGGCCGAACUUUCAAAAUAGUUCAGCUCCAAGCGUCCUCGAGGAGUCCUUCUACAUGGAUGACCUAAUCCAUGGUUCACAUUCGCUAGAAGCAGCUAAGCAAUUGCAAAACGAUAUGAUCAAUCUUUUAAAAUCAGGAGGAUUCCAUCUACGAAAAUGGAAGUCCAAUGCACCUGAACUUCUGGAAGGUGCCGCCGCUCGCCCGGUCAAAGAGGAAGCGCUCGAAUACGAGAAAGUGACGGACACGAUCAAACGUCGGCUCGAAAGUCCCGUCGACACGCCCGACACCGAGAAACCUGAAUUGAAAAAGUCAAAAAUACCUCUGGCGUUGAACAGUCCGGUGCCGAUCCGCCGCGAGGUCAAGGAGGGCGGCUGCCGGAGCCGCGGCUCCUCGCUCGAGCGGGUGAAGUCCAAGGCCGGUAGCCCCUGCGCCGACAGCCUGGUCAGCGGCAUGUCCUUCGACUCCAUAGAGCCUCCCCCGUCCCUCCCCUCCACGCCCGGGACGCCCAAGAAAGACAGCAGCACGUUUAAUCUCUUGAAGGACAGCGACCUGUUCACUCAGAUAUCGAAAAAUAAAAUCGAGCCAUCCGAACCUAAACCAGUUCUAGAUGACAAACCGAAGGUAUCUCCCUGUCACGUGGUGGCGAUAAAGGAACACGAAAUUGUAAAAGCGACCGUAAGUUCGCCCGAGCCGGCCAGCAACAUUGAGACCGCGGUGGAAUUUGUCCCGCAGAGAGUUGAGACCGUUGAAAUAGUUGACGACACGGAGGGUGAUUCGGCCAGUGCCUCCUCGGAUUCGGAAGAGAAGCAGGAAGUCAAUAGGCGCCCGUCGGUAGAUUUGGGCUCGGAGCCGAAGACCUUCGUCGUUGAAGUGCGUACACUGGAGCAGCGCAUGCGGCCCACCCUCGGAGUUAUCAUGCGAAAGAGCGCUGAAGAUAAUGCGAAUGUUCCCGACUUGAUCCCCUCGGUUGAGAAACGAAACGAUCUCGACUUUUCCACCCAGACUCCUCCCUGUACUCCAAUGGAAGAGGGAGAUAUGUCUCCACUGGACGACGCAGCUCUUAAACGUAACAUUCAACACGUAAGAGAGGAUGAAGCCAACGAAUAUCUGAUUCUCGAGGAUGCUGUGUCUGAGUCUAUUCCAUCAACUGGGGACUCCAGCCCAUCGACUAAGGAAUCUAGUCCGUCGAUUAAGGAAUCUAUUCCAUCGACUAAGAAACCUAGUCUUUCAACUAAGGAAUCUUCUCCUUCGACUGAGGUGUCUAGUCCUUUGACUAAAGAGGUUGAUACUGCUAAAGCGGAGGAGAAAGUGGACGUCCCAGAGUAUACAUACCCAUCCGAUUCUAGUGCUAAGUCGGCCGACAACGAAACGACAUCGAACGAUCACGAAGAGGAGGCGAUUUAUUCCGAAGUCGAAGAAACUGCUCAGACGGCGGCGUCGCCGGGCGCGCCGCUGUGCGCGCCGCUGUGCGCGUCGACGCCGGUGCGGGCGGCCACGGUGGUGGGUGUGUCGCACAAGGCACCCGCUUCACCCGUGUCCCCGGUUCCGCCAUCGCCUGUCGCCAGCCCCGUUGCUGAGAAGUACCAGAGGACUGACGACUUUGACGAUAGCGUGGAGAGCGCCCCCACGCCGACUGCAGCAGAAGCUGCAGCGACAGCGGCGGAAUCGGAGGCGGCGGCGGGCGCGCUGCGGGCGCGGUUCGGGCGCGGCGCGGACGCGGGCGCGUGCGCGUGGGCGGGCCGCGCGGCCGCCAUGUGCCGCCGCAUGGACGUCAUGCUGCUCACGCUGGCCGCCGCCGCCGCCGAGCGCGACCCCGGCAAGCGGCUCGAGAUCUUAAAGAACCAACUGGGAGCCAUCGCCCCUGACGCGGCAGAGUUGAUUUCCCAUGGAGAUUCACUGGUGUAUGACAAGCACAAGGACGAUCCUCUCCUCGCUGACUACAUACAGACGCAUUACCAGGACAAACUCCGCAACAAAUGGUCAGUGGUGAUGUCGGAGAUCGAGACGAAGCGCAACCUCGCCAUGAAGGCGGAGGACGACAUCAAGGAGCUGGCGCGGCUGACGGAGCAGCUGCGCGCCGCCGCCGCCGCCGGACCGCCGGACGAGACUGAAGCGGCGGCGUUGGAGGCGGCGGCGGAGCGCGCGGCGGCACUGGCUCGGGAUUUGCGCGCGCAACGAGUGGCCUUCGACGAGCGCGCGCUGGCCGAGGCUCUGGCCAGCUGGAACAAGAUCACUGAAGCGCAGGCCAGGGACAGCAACCAGAAACCGGACGGCGUGGAGAUCCGCGCGGCGGAGCUGGUGACGCGCGUGAACCGCGUGCGCGAGUGCGUGGCGGGCGCGCGCGCGCUGCUGCGGGCGCCGCCGCUGGGCGCGCGCGACUACGACGACUUCCCGCUGCAGGAGGACGCGCUGGCCCGAGUCAAAACCGCGCUGGCUGAAGCCACAUCCAGCUGUGAGGAGUGCGAGAAGGAGUUCUCGUGGGUGCAGCGGCGCGCGCGGCCCGAGACCAAGGCCCGCGCUGCUCGUCUACGUGACAAGAUGAACGACGAGCUCAAACAGCUCAAUGAGGCCUUCGAAGAACGCCGGGAGAAGUGGUCAAAGUGCCAAGGCGUGUGGGCAGGGCUAUAUGCUGCCUUAGAGCAAUGCGGCGAGUGGCUGGACGGCUGCGAGCGCGCGCUGGCCGCCGCGGCCGCGCCCAGCUUACCCUUCAAGGACCUCAAGCAGAAGGUGCGCGACCUCGACCAGCAGAUGACGUCACGACGCGCGCAAGUAGAAGCGGCGCGUGCGGGCGGGCGCGCGGUGGUGGGCGCGUGCGGCGUGCCGCUGGCGCGCGACGUGCAGGACCAGCUGGACGCGCUCAACGAGCGCUGGCACGCCGCGCACGCCGCGCUGCACCACCUCAACACCAGGACCAGCUGGACGCGCUCAACGAGCGCUGGCACGCCGCGCACGCCGCGCUGCACCACCUCAACACCAGGUAUGACGUCACGACGCGCGCAGGGGGGCGCGUGCGGCGUGCCGCUGGCGCGCGACGUGCAGGACCAGCUGGACGCGCUCAACGAGCGCUGGCACGCCGCGCACGCCGCGCUGCACCACCUCAACACCAGGGGGGCGCGUGCGGCGUGCCGCUGGCGCGCGACGUGCAGGACCAGCUGGACGCGCUCAACGAGCGCUGGCACGCCGCGCACGCCGCGCUGCACCACCUCAACACCAGGUAUGACGUCACGACGCGCGCAGGGGGGCGCGUGCGGCGUGCCGCUGGCGCGCGACGUGCAGGACCAGCUGGACGCGCUCAACGAGCGCUGGCACGCCGCGCACGCCGCGCUGCACCACCUCAACACCAGGAUCAGCGCCACCGAAGCCACGGCGGUGAUGCGCGAGGGCGGCAGCGCGUGGGCGGGCGGCGCGCGCGCACAGCUGCAGCUGGUGCGGGACCUGCUGCUGCACACCAGCCCCAAUCCCUCCGACCACACCAGCCUCGCCAUCCGCCUCAGCCUCGUCAAGGUGAGCGCGCGCACAGCUGCAGCUGGUGCGGGACCUGCUGCUGCACACCAGCCCCAACCCCUCCGACCACACCAGCCUCGCCAUCCGCCUCAGCCUCGUCAAGGUGAGCGCGCGCACAGCUGCAGCUGGUGCGGGACCUGCUGCUGCACACCAGCCCCAAUCCCUCCGACCACACCAGCCUCGCCAUCCGCCUCAGCCUCGUCAAGCCUCGCCAUCCGCCUCAGCCUCGUCAAGCUGCAGCUGGUGCGGGACCUGCUGCUGCACACCAGCCCCAAUCCCUCAGACCACACCAGCCUCGCCAUCCGCCUCAGCCUCGUCAAGCUGCAGCUGGUGCGGGACCUGCUGCUGCACACCAGCCCCAAUCCCUCCGACCACACCAGCCUCGCCAUCCGCCUCAGCCUCGUCAAGCUGCAGCUGGUGCGGGACCUGCUGCUGCACACCAGCCCCAAUCCCUCCGACCACACCAGCCUCGCCAUCCGCCUCAGCCUCGUCAAGCUGCAGCUGGUGCGGGACCUGCUGCUGCACACCAGCCCCAACCCCUCCGACCACACCAGCCUCGCCAUCCGCCUCAGCCUCGUCAAGAUACAGUAA